CAAAGUGUUAGAUGUGGCUACAGAGAACAGCUUUGAAAAACUGCUUUGAUUUUACUGCAAAUGGACAGUGAGCAACAACUACAAGACUCAGCAAGCACAGCUGAGGGGAAUGGUUACCCCGGUGACCAGCAGUCACUAAGGUUACGAAGGACUCUGUCCGGAGCGUCCAAUCAGAAUUCCCCGCAGUUUAACUGGAGCUCGAGCCGGACAGAGGAGGAUGAAGGAGGUGAAUCUGGGCCACAACAAGACAUCAGGAGCCUUCCCAUGCCCAUGGGCUUGAAAAGAGCUGUGAGGCAGGUGCAGCAAAUGCGAGUGCCUGUGGUUACCAGCUGGGAGUCGUGGAAGAGGAGCAAGAACAAAUCCCUGCACAGGUUCACACUCAACGCCAGUGGAUUCCUGUCUGUUUUCACUCUCUGGAGGAGGACCUUGCAAAAAAUAGGAGGGAACUUUGGAGGUGGUGUCCAGUCCUACUUCCUGUUCCUGCGAUUCUUGGUGGUACUCAAUUUUGUUUCCUUCUUGCUGAUCGGUGGAUUCGUCAUCAUUCCAAGCAUCUUGUUCAGAUCUGUUGCGACCAAUCCUGUCAACAGCACUGGUCCAGAGGAAUGUAUGGCUUAUGACCCUAAUCCUCAAGGCCUGGUGGUGUUUUAUAAUUACUUCCUCGACUUACUUUCUGGAACGGGCUUCAUGGAGUAUUCAUACCUGUUCUACGGCUUCUACAACAACACAAUGGUAGAAGAAAGUAACUUCUCCUACAACAUCCCGCUGGCCUACCUCUUCACUGCUGUCUUCUACUUUGCCUUCUGUCUCAUCUGUAUCAUUGCACGCAUGGGGACUGCAGCUCGUGUUGCCGUGGCAACGGGAGGCAGUGCUGUGGGCAGCUACAGCAAGACAGUGUUCACCGGCUGGGACUAUGGUUGCCUGGGAGAUAAAGCUACUAAACUGAAACAGAAAAACAUCCACUACCGGCUGCAGGUGGAUCUGGAGGAGGAGAGGAUAAAGAAAUUGGCAGCCUCUCUCACCUUGAAGCAGAAAAUAGCUCUGUACUCCCUGCGUGUUCUCCUGAGUCUGGUCAGCCUGGGGCUCAUUGCGGCUGCCGUCUAUGGCAUCUCCGAGGCCACUGUCUUCAGCCAGAGCAGGAGCGGGGAGGAAGGGAUCUUGGGUUUGAUUUUUGAGUACCUACCUUCCAUCGUCAUCACCACCGGAAACUUCGUGGUGCCUUUCCUGUGUGACCAGAUCGCCCUGCUGGAGCGAUACGCCCCCAGCACCACUGUCAUAGUGGCACUGUUAAGGUCCGUGGUCCUGCGCUUUGUCAGUCUGGGUGUUCUCCUCUACACCCUGUGGAAUCAGAUCACCUGCACUGGGCAGAAAGAAACUGGAAGCUGUAAAUUGUGCCAGUACAACCAUGUCGACUAUCCGUGCUGGGAGACACGAGUGGGACAGGAGAUGUACAAGCUCACGCUGUUCGACCUGCUCAUCACCAUCGCUGUGCUCAUCCUUGUGGAGUUCCCACGCAGGAUGGUGGUGGACAACUGGUCCAGUAAGCUGGCUCAGUGGGUGGGACGCCAGGAGUUUCUGGUUCCCUCCAACGUGCUCGGGCUGGUGUACGGUCAAACCGUGGUUUGGACAGGAGCGCUUUUCUGCCCGCUGCUGCCACUCAUCAACACCGUCAAGUUUGUCAUCCUCUUCUACUGCAAGAAGAUCACGCUGUUCAAUAACUGUCGUCCUGCACUGAAGACGUUUCGCUCCACCACGUCCACCUUCUUCUUCCUGGUGGUGCUUCUGUUCGGUUGGGGCCUGGCCACGGUCGUCAUGGUCUACAGCCUCGCCGAGAUCCGUCCGUCCAUGAGCUGCGGGCCGUUUCGUUUUUUUCCAACCAUAUGGGCAAUCGUCCCGACCUCUUUCUACAACCUGCCCCAAACAACACAGGAGUUUCUCUUCUUCAUUGGCUCCCAAGCGUUCUCCAUUCCUCUCUUCAUUUUGUCUUGUGUCUUCAUGUGUUAUUUCAUAGCCUUAGCCUCUGUUUAUGGGAAAAGUGUUUCCCUGCUCAGAGCUCAGCUUAAACUGGAGGGCCGUGACAAGCAGUUUUUGGUGAAACAAAUUGAAGAGCUGAGCCGGCAGCUGCAGGUUUCCACAGGAGGACGGGACUGAUACCGAAAAUUAAUAAACACACACCCUGCUGAGUUCCUCCCCGCUCCACUUUUAACAACUGAACGAACUACAUGCACUUUAUAUAGAAUAUAAUCAGCUUCAUGUAUUUGCAUUUCAAGGUUUUAGCUGACUCUAAUGCCA